GUGCUUUGCUCCCGUUCCUUGGCGUUUAAAAAUCAAUAAUGGUGUCACGGCUAAGCAUUCUGCAAGGAAAGGUUGUCGUCAUGAGCCAUUUCAGUGCCGGUGUGGAGGUAUAAAUGGUGAUGAUGGUGCCAGGCAGUGCCAUAACAGAACCUGACGACGCCUGUGCGACUUACAUACCGCCUAGUUUUUUGCCAAACAGUAGGACAACAUUGGCGAUUAUAAUGAUGAUGCUGUUCGGCGACGAUGCACACACUGGCACCCACUCCUGGUGUGCCAAUGCCAGGCACUCUGAGGUUGGGUUUACCCGUAGGAAUGGAAAACCCGCCCUAGCCUCUAUAUAACGUCCGGUUGCUUGUAUUAUUAUAAUUAUAUUUCCAUUUUGGCGAAGGCGAUGCUUCUACUAAGAAUGGGUAAGGCGAAGGUGAUUUAACUUCCGUUCCCGGAAUCCCAGUAAUGUUCCCAGGCUGUUCCGGGAAAGUGUGGCGUCGAGUGGGGGUCCGGUUCCUGGUAGUGGUGGUGGUGGUGGUGGUAGUGGUGGCUAGAGGAGGUGCCAGAGGUCGCCAGCAUCUCGAGCCGCCUCAUCUCUCUUGUGCCACCGUACCCUAUCUUUCCCGUCCCAUUCCUGGCUACAUUAUUAUACACACUUUUUUAUUCUGUCCAAUCUCUCUUGUUUGUCAAUGUACAUGCAUAGUAUGUGUACUCAAAGAGAGCGAUGCUUAGUAAUCUUUGAGUUCUUCACCGUGCGAUAUGUAGUGACGGCUCCGUGUCGUGUUUUGCCGAGUACAUUAGUUCUGAAGAGGUGAUGCUGUGUUGUGAUAAGUGCUUAGGGCUAAGUAAUGCCGCUCACUUAGCAGGAGAUAGUGCUUAUCUUCCCUGGUGCUCAGUUCGGCGUGAAGGUUGCCUAGACCAACCAGCCUCCUCUCAUCUGGUGCAGUGUGGGAUGUGAGGCUGCUACAUUACCUUUCUCCUCCUCAACACGCUGCUCUUCACACCCGCAGGUCUGCCUUUCCUCAUUCAUCACAUUUAAUGCAAUACUGUAUGGCACAAGUAGCGACAAGACAAAUAACGCCUAAUAACACAAGUUCUGACGUCACUGGCACAUGACCAGAAGGCUGACGUAGAUUUCUAUUUUGGGAAGUUGUGACGUCACAAGAAGUGGGCGGUCCCUCUGCGUGUUCCAUAUUGCUUUGUUCAUUAGAAAGACAGGAUGCCGUGCCUUCUCACAAAAAUUUUGCUUUCGUCCGUAAAUACUGCACAGGAAAUUAUGAGAGAGAUAUUGUGGAUUGAUGUGGAAGGAAGUAUACGUGAAUGAGAAUAAGUUACAUGAAGUAAAAUAUCGGAUUGAACGAAAUUUAAGAGUGUGAGCGAAGUGUUUGGGUGGAGGCAGCACAAAUGGCUGGGAUAUAGGAGCGAGUUCCCCAGCCGCGGCCAGGCAGUGUAUGAGUCAUCGCAGGAGGGGGAGGAGCUCAUUCUAACGUUUGAAGUGACGCCACCGCCCCAUGUUAGUCAGCGAGUCAGACCAGGUGACUCGAAGGAAAUUCUUACAGCGUGAGACUGAGCUCCCACAGCCAACCAUGUUCACUCGCUCCCAAGCUGCCGCCAACAACAGUGCCACGACGAAGAGUGUUACCUCAUCGUCACAGUCCUUCACUACAGCUUCCGUUGCUUCUGGAGGAGGAGAAAGCCUCACCACUGACAGCAACAGCAGUAGUAACGACACAGUGCCAAGUGUGAGCCUUACCAUCACAGCUGUGGCGGCCAACAUCCCGGAGAGGGACGGGUGCAUCACCACCAUCACCGCCCCUGCUCUUGAUACCCCGACCAUUACCAACUUGGUGCUAAACUCCCUGGAGGGCGUGCACAGCGGCGUCCCCACCCGUACCACGCCCACGCUCACGCCCACCACCCUCAGGAACAUCGAACAGACCUUCCUAGAGCUCUCCAGUGUCCAGCCCCCAGAGCCACACACUAACCAGGCUGGCUUCGUGCCUCCUCUAGUGCAGCCCGCCACAGGCAACACGUACGUUUCCGUGGACAGCAGGUGUUGGGGGGGCGGCACCCUCACCCAGAUUCCCCACACCACUUCGGCCUCCACCUCCUCGGCCAGCGGGGUAAACCUCAGGGCCCCCACAGCUCACACCGCCACCUCCACCACCGCCACCCUCACCAUGCCCUCUCAGAUCCAGGUCCAGCAGCCACGGAGGACUGGCGGACGCAGGCCUAUUAAGGAUGAAAGGAUCACUGCUGAGGAAGAGGAGAGGCGGCACCUCCGCCGGGAGAGAAACAAGCUGGCAGCAGCACGGUGUCGCAAGCGUCGCCUCGACCAGACCAAUAUGCUGCAGGAUGAAACUGAUGAACUGGAGGAGAAGAAGACAGAGCUGCAGACGGAGAUCCAGCUCCUGCAGCAGCAGCGAGAUGAGCUGGAAUUUCUGCUGGCAACACACAAGGCUGUGUGCCGCCGCCACGUGCCGCCCGCCCCCUCUGCCACUCCCUUCGUGACCUCGGCGGCUCCUGUCAGCGUUGCACCAGUGACCACCACUGCCACAGUGGCCAACACUGCCAUGCGUGUGGUAAAGAAGGCUGUGGUGGUGAAGGAGGAGCCCAUGGAGGACGAGGUGUCAGUGGAGGAGGAGGAAGUGAAGAUCCCACCUAGCAUUUCCAACAACAACUCUCGGCCCAGGCGACCCACCAGUCUCAAUGUGGCACCUGUGGCCUUGCGCACGCCCUCUGUGGCAGACCUUGGAGUGUCCAUCGAGACGCCCUCCACCGGCCUGCGUGGCUUCAACUUUGAUUCCAUGAUGGAGGGAGGCACCGGUCUGACGCCUGUGACCAGCGGGACUGGACUCACGCCUGUGCACACCGGUCUCACGCCUCUCUCCACCCCGGUGGUGUCGGCUCCCUCGGGCUCCUCCUCCAACUGUGGCACCCAACAGCGCUCCUCCUCCUCGGACCUCUCCUCCCCUGACUCUGUCCCUCCCAAGCUAGUGUCCCUCUGAGGUGCAUCCAUCCCACCUAUGCCUUGCUGCCACCUGCCACCACGGCCCCAUUGAGUGCCAGGCCUGCUGCUGGCCACGACCCUGACACGGUCGCAGGUCCUGCCGGCGUGACCUGUGGCCCCCUCCCCCAUCACCCUGACACACCAGUCACCACACACAUGGCUCAGCAGCACCAGCACCCUUUGCCCACCCUUCCUGCCACUCCCCCACCUCCUCUGCAGCAGGAGGGGGUUGAUGUCAGCAGGACAGGCUAGUGGGUGAGGCUCCUGGACUUCUAGGCGUCGUCAGAAAUCACACUAUGUACUGUACUACUAUGCAACGAGUCGACACAAAGGCAGUUCCAUGCAAUUUUCUUAUCGCAUUAGAAUGUUUUUACAAUGUUGAUGUUGGUUGCUUAGUGUAAGGAAUUUAUUACUUUUUUUCUCAUUUUUUGACACUUGACCAAACGUUCACUUCGCCUUGAUAAUGUUAGAGUUACCCCACACCACCACUACCACCACCACCACCACACUUACCUCUGUACAGCAGCGCUCAACCAAAGAACAAAGAAACGGCUGCUGGUGACAGGAAGGUGAAGAGGGAAGGAAGGAAGGAAGGGAGUGCCUCCUCUCCCUUCUAUUGCCUCUCCACCACCGUCACUCAGUCAGCCAAGGAGAUAAACACCCGUACAAUUAUACUAAACCUUUGAAAAAAUAUAUUGGUAAAUGUAUAUGAAAAUAAUAAUGGAAAAAAUAAUUAAUUACUCGUGUAGGGUCUCUCUCUCUCUCUCUCUCUCUCUCUCUCUCUCUCUCUCUCUCUCUCUCUCUCUCUCUCUCUCUCUCUCUCUCUCUCUCUCUCUCUCUCUCUCUCUCUCUCUCUCUAUAAGGCUCAGUUUGGGCGAAGUGAGGGAGCCCUGCACAGUCACAAGGAUAGGGAAGACAUGCAGCAUCCCAGGCACUUGUGUGACCUUGGGAGGCUGUGAGACGCCACCAGUAAUAACGACCCAGUACUAUUACUAUUAUUUAUAACUAGUCUAGCUUUCGUACAUUCAUAUGAUGAUAAGAAUUCAGAUCUAUUUAUACCACAGAGUUAUUUAGAUAAUAUUUUACAAUAAAGAUGAAAUGUCUACUCA